AUGGAGGAUUAUACGAGAGAAAUGAUGGAUUUAAAAACCCUGGUUACACGUACUCUCGAGAAGAAAGGCGUCCUUGCCAAGAUCCGUGCUGAACUAAGAGCUAGUGUGUUUGAAGCAAUAGAAGAGGAAGAUAGAGUCAUAGAGAAAGACCAAGGACUUCCUCCUGCUCUUUUGGGCAGCUGCAAUGACCAUGCUAAGCAACUCCACAAUUCACCGUCAGGAAGACUUCUGACUGCAUUGAUAUGUGAAUAUCUCGAUUGGGCUGAAUUAAACCACACCUUGAAAGUGUACUUACCAGAGUGUAAUUUGCCUAAGGAUUCCUGGAAAUCAGAGUUAAAAGAAUUUAGCAGCAAGAAUGGAUAUGAUCUUAACCGGAAUGGAGACAGCGGCCCUUUACUUUUGGAUGUUCUUGAGGGUUUCUUGAAGUAUGAGAAUUUAUCUCAAGGAAGGACUGGCAACAGGAGAUUAACCACACCCGAUGCUGAAUCGCUAUCAAAUUUGGAAGCUCGUAACAUUAGGAGACCUUCAUCAUCAUCGGUUGCUGGGGGGUUACCUCCACUUGGAAGGCCUCUUCCUACUUUACAAUCUUCUGAUCGUCGAGCUGGCUCAUCUACGGCUGGUAAUAGGAAAGAUGAAUACAAUUGGAGAUACGAAAAUGAUGAACUUCCUGAAGAUGUAGUCCGUGCCUCGGCUGCUCUGGAAAAUUUGCAGCUGGAUAGAAAAGCUCGUAACUUAACUACUUCUUGGAGGCAUGCAACAUCUGAGGACAGCUGA